GCGGGGGGUGACCCGCCCGGCCGACGCCCGCGCGCUGCCGCCGGCUGAGGGAACGCGCCGGGGCGGGGGCGAGCGCGCGGCUCCGCGGCCCGGGGCAGGGUCCGGCAGCGGGGCGGCGACCGACAGACAGACAGACCGACGGGCCGGCAGGGGUGCCUGCGGCCGCCAUGGAGGUGUGCGAGAGCGGCGGGGAGCAGCCGCCGCUGCUGCACUGGGACCGCAAGCUGAGCGAGCUGUGCGAGCCCGCAGACCCCGACACACUGCUGAGCCGCACGCACUUCACAGAGUUCCUGGAUGAAUUUUCACCAGAUGUCCUAGGCCAGCUCCUGAAUGAUCCCUUCUUGUCUGAGAAGAAUGAAACAAUGGAAGUGGAGCUGUCUCCGGCAUCCCCAGCGCCCCUCAUCCAGGCUGAGCACAGCUAUUCCCUCUGCGGGGACUCUCGACCCCAGUCUCCCUUGACCCACAUCUCCACUGAUGACAACUUCAAUGAAGGUGACCUGGAAAAUGAGGAAUGGUGUCUGGCUACAGAGUUUACUCCAGCUGCAAUAAAGACUGAGCCAGGGCUGUGUGAGACAUCAGGCCUGGCUCCCUCAGUCAGUCUCACCGUCACAGCCACGUCGCUGGAGGGGGAACAGCCUGAACUACAGACAGAUGCUCUGAUGAAACCACUGGCCCAGAAAGUUCUUCCAGAGAUUAAAUUGGAGCCCCAUGAAGUGGAUCAGUUCCUGAACCUCUCUUCUAAGGAAGCAGUGGAUCCCCUGCAUUUGCCUCCCACCCCUCCGAGCAGCCACGGCAGUGACUCUGAAGGAGGGCAGAGCCCAGCUCGGUCGCUCCCUCCUCCCAGCCCAGUCCAGCUCCAGGCCACGCCUAAGGUUGCGUCGCGCACAGCCUCAGUGCUCUCCAACUCCCCUCUCCUGACUGCACCACAUAAAUUACAGGGGACAGGCCCGCUCAUCCUGACAGAGGAGGAGAAGAGGACGCUGAUAGCAGAGGGCUACCCAAUCCCUACCAAACUGCCCCUGACAAAAGCAGAGGAGAAAGUUCUAAAGAAAAUCCGCAGGAAAAUAAAAAACAAGAUCUCUGCCCAGGAAAGCAGAAGAAAAAAGAAAGAAUACAUGGACAGUCUGGAAAAAAAAGUUGAGACCUGCUCAAAUGAGAACAGUGAGCUGCGUAAGAAGGUUGAAGUCCUGGAGAACACUAACAGAACACUUCUGCAGCAGUUGCAGAGACUCCAAGCCAUGGUUGCUGGCAAAGUGUCCCGCUCGUGUAAGGCAGCUAGCACACAAACAGGGACCUGUCUCAUGAUGGUGGUGCUGUGCUUUGCAGUAGUUUUUGGCAGCUUCUCCCAGAGCUAUGGGCCAUAUCCUUCUGCUACAAAGAUGGUGUUGCCCAGGCAGCAUUCCUCACCAGAGUCCUACACAGAUUCCAUUGUGAGGUCAAGGAGUCUACUAAUUUAUGAAGAGCCUCACCAACUGGAGGAGCCCUCAAGCCCGAUCUCCUUUGCAGAUCGCAGUGACAGGCAGACAGACACCUCCAAGUUCACAGCACUGGCCCUGGAAGCUGUGUCAGGGACACAGCAGGAUGAUAUCAUGCAGUUCACGAUAGCCAACGAGACAAGGCUAGAGAAAUCAGUGCUGCUGGGCCUGCAGCAGCACAGAGUCAACUCCGAACUAGAAGGAAAUGAAACACUGAAGAUAAUUGAAAUAGAUAGAAGAGUCAAUGCCACCUCUUAAAAAUAAAAAGGCCUUUUUUCUUGACUUCCCUCUUUCCCACAUAUUUUCAACCAAAGUUCCCCUGACUUGUCAUCCUCAGUGAACCAAAGUACAGAAGAGAGGGAGUUCAACUUUUUCAUUGACUGGUGAGGCUGUGCCUACAGAUGGGAUCUCUUGUCUUUGUAACUCCCUUCCUCACAUGGCACACAGUCCCUGUCUCUGCUUUUCUCCCUUUCCUGCGUAGCACUGCCAGGGCGGGAUUGAGUUGUGAUGGCAGGGGAUGCCAGCAGUGUGCCAGUGGCUGCUGGCUGUGUGUGCUGUACAUGCACACAGCCUGAUCUGAGCACAAAGGCAUUCUGCAGAAGGGGGAGUUGUGCAAAACCAGCAGGAGCACGUGGGUGAUAGGUAUUUGGGAGAAGGUAAUUGAGAGAGAGGAGAUGCAGCAUGAUGGUGCUUAGUCUCUCCACAGCUCUGUGCCUACUGGUCUACAGCACUUGAGCCUUCUGGGGGGAUAGAGAAGCACAUGUGCAGCCUGCUUCCGAAGGGACAAGGAGGGGCCCUGACACUGCUCCGUUCACAGCACAGGCAGGAGAGGGCUGGUCCAUGAUGCUGCUGAGUUGUCCUCCCCUAGCUCUUUCUCUUCUCCCCUCCAGUCUCUUCAUCACUUAGCAGGGUAGGUUUCUCUGUGCAUUGAAAGCAGUCCUGGUAGGCUUCCCUGCUUUCCACCCGUGAGAAAUUAGGCAAAAAUCAGUCACUGUCUUACCACACUCUGUGUGGGAGAAUUACACUAGUUUAACUAAAUCUGUUUAGAAAGCGGGUUUUGUGACAUUUAUGCAAUAUUUUAGAUGGAUGCCCUUUAGUCUGCUUAAGGCUAAUCUAUUUAGCUUAAAUCAGUUCCUUCCCAACAAACUAAAUCAAUGUAAGGCUUAAACCAGAAGUGCCUCCUGAGAGGACCAUAUGGAUUUAAUUUAUUGGCUUCUAGCUUGUUGAUGAAAAUUCUUGUGUAGACCCAGUCUCAGAUUGUCUUAUGUUCUCCUUUCCUUGCCAUGUUCCUGUUACUGUUGUAAAUAGUAUUUAUUAGCUUUGAAAAAUUCUGUUCAGGCAGCUGCAAUGAAGAGAACUGAGCUUUCCUAACCCUGCAAGUGAUCUAGGCCUGAAAUUGGGCACACAAACAUCACUGAACACCCAUUUCCACCCCAUAAGCUUGAAUUGUCCUAAUAUAAAGCCAUGUGUCUUAUUUUCCUCUUACCUGCUUUUCUCAGAACUCAGAGAUGUGCUCUGAGACCAGUUGCUUUGGGUACCAAUGGGCCCAGCUCAUGCCUAGACGUGGUGGAUGCUGUAUUACCUGUAUGACAAGGCAGCCUCUGAUCUGAGGAGCUGAUUUUGUAGGCAGGGGACCUGUCAAAGGAGGAAGGAGAUGAGCAUGUGGGGAGGUGAAAUGACUGACCCCAGCUCAUCGAGAAAGGCAAGAGCAGUGUUCAGCUCUGAUCCUGGUCCAGUACUCUUCUCCAUGCUUUGUUUCCUUCUUGUCUCAUGCUGUUGUUGCUGUCUUCAAGUGUCCUCUCUCUUUCAGGAACCUGGUCAUGCCUUUGCCUGAGCUGUGUUUCUUGCAAUUUGUCCUUGCAGGGGCAUAGUUGAACUCAGUCCAGAAUUUGAGCAGGGUUUUAUCUAGUUCCUACAGAAGGGCACUUGUGCUCCAUUGAGGAUGGAUCUAAUGUGAAAAUCCUAAUUCAUCAGGCUAGCUUAGCUACUUUGCAGUUUACCAGAAGUCAAUUAAAAAAAAAAGAAAAAAGAAAAAAAAAAGUCAUUUGAAGCUCUAUUUUUUUCCUAAUGAUAAAUAAGGGAAAAACUAACCUAGCCUUACAAAUAAUUUUUUUACUCUGUACAGUAGAUAUUUCCUGCAACUAUUCUAUUUUGUAAAAUAUUGAAUUUGUAUUUUAUUACAGCAGCUGUCACACCAGCUCCUUUCUUGUUCUUCAUUCUCCAGAGACUUCCCUCCUUUGGCAUCCUAUUUGCCACCCACAGGCCUGACUCAAAGUUCAGUGAAUUGAAUGGAAGGGAUUUGGUGAAUUGGAGGGGACUGUGGAUCAGUCCUCUCUGUGCCAUUUUAAGAAGGUGUUUCACGUCAGUGAGAGUGAAGCAAGUGCCUGACUCCAUGAGCUAGUACUGAGUUCUGGUGUACAGAUGUGCUUUUCUAGGUAAUGCCCUAUUCUUCUAUGCAAGUGCCUUAUUAUUUUACUUGAGGUGACAAUGAGAGGAGAAAUGCUGUUGUAGCCUGUUUUGCAAGUGUUACCAUCUUGGCAUGGGUCAGCAUCCACCAUAGUCUGUUUCCCUUCACAGUGAUCCUGCUGGGUUCCCUGAAUCAUUCCAAUAUCCAUUAACAACUUUUGUGUUUGGGGUUUUUUAAAAAUGAUUUAAGGCUUCACAUAAACGGUGAUCACGUGUGAGUGCCACAAGGGAUGGCUGCAUUGCUCAGCCACUUGAGGUCAGCAGAGUGAUAGGAGAAAGCUGGGAUUGACCCCAGCUGGUCAGCAUAAGGGGGCAAGGUCAUAGUUUAGAAAAAUUCCUUAAAUGGUAUUUUUUUUUUUCCAGAGCACCCUUGGUUUGCUGCCUUUGAGGGCAACCAAGUGGUUAAAUGUUUUGCAAAAGAGGCCCCAGGGUGUGGAGUACAACAGCACUUGCAGUUUACUCUGUGCAGCCUGAGCUCCUGCCCAUUGCCAGCUAAAUGGAUCACUUCCCAUUUCAGAUACAGCUGGCUGACUUCACUGUGUGAAAACCAAAGUGGAAUUAUUUCUCAGCUCUUACAGGAUAGAUGAUUUUGCACAACCAAAAUGGCUCCUCCUCUCUGAAACCUACUGCACUGGCCACCAUUAACACUUUGCCCUUUUUUUUGUUUUGUUUAAUGUGGAUAUAUUGGUGCAAAUCUGAUUGGAAGAUAAUUGUGUUUUCAUCCUGAGCAUUUUAAACUGGCCAUGGUCUGAGUCAGGCCUCAGUACUAAUUCAUCCAAGCCAAUAUGGCCAUACUGAUUUCUUCUAAGUGUUUGAUAAUCUAUUGCUAUAAUCUUAAUUUCUGUAAUCCUUUAAGUUAUUUUUAGGUACUCUUUUAGGGAAUCUCUUGAGCUAGCACACACAUUGCUUGGGGAUUUAUUGUAUUACAUGUUACUUUAUAAUAAGGAAAAGCUUUGCUUCACUUUGGUAUGUUUGUGAUCAUUUUUCUUGAGGGGCCUUAACAGAAAAGGUUUCUCUGCUAGGAGCCAAGGAAUCCCCUGUCAUCUCCUACUCAGAGGCUGUUGUGUGGCAAGGACCCCACAGUCUCCAGAGGGAGUUUGUGCCCAUGUUCCAGCAGGGGACAGAGGAGGCAGGACAAGGUGCCAUUGCACUGCCAGCCUCAGCAUCCAGGGGUGACUGUGGUGGGAAUGUUGAUGCACUGCAGACCGCGUGGAGAGGCAGCUUCUGUGCUCUGAGUUAAGGGCACGGGCAGGAGUAGUAAGGCAUGUUCAGGGAGGAUGCCAGUAAGUGCUUUUAGUUAGUUCAGCUCUAUCAUUUGAGGCCUUCUGCCAGUGUGCUUUUUCUGGUGAUCAGUGCCAUGAAAUCCUAUGAGUGUGUAUGGACAGGGUAAGCAAAGGCCUUGUGUCCUACAUAAUUCCCAUUUCCAGCAGAGGACUUAAGUGAUAAACCUAAGAGUCCUCAGCUGUAAGGUUAUGUUGCUCAUCAGCACAAUUUUAUACACACUAGUAAACUUACCUUUUGGGCUGUAGCUUUAGAGCAUGUCUAGAUCUGUUGGGUCUUUGCUUCUAGGGAGAUAAGCUAUGAAGGAAUAUAGGGCAUUAUUUUAUAUAUAUGUAUAUUUUAAAAGUCUGAAGCACAGGGCAUGUCAUAUUUCUAACCUUGUUACCAGUGUGUAGAUAAUGUUGGGGUUUUUUUUCCCCCAGGCUAUUUAUAGUUCUUUGCUGCACUUCUUUCAUUUCAUCUGUACCACUCAAUAUUUUUCAGCAGCACAGAGUAAUGGAUUAAGCUGAGAUUCUUAGGCCAGAUCCCAGCUGAUACAACCAGCAUGGUUCUCACACACUGCUCUUGGGGGCUGCAGGUCUGAUUUAUACUGACAGGGGACCUCUUUCUCCACAUCUCUCUGUGUAACAGUGUAUCUCGAUGUAUUUUUGAUUCUUCUAACAUAGACCAAAAAUUAAUCUAAAACCUUUUUUUCCCUGCUAAAGAAACCAACCCACCUCUCCAGUCCCAUCCCCCCAAAGUAUCGGUGGUGAAUUCUGUCUAGACGAUUUUAGAAUGUAGGUCAAGUAAGCGAAUGAUGCUAAUUGCUACGUUGGGAGGGAUUUCCACUGAGUAUUUGGGCUCUAGAUUCUAGCUAAUGCCAAGAGGCCAUUGUUCAAAACCCACGCAGCUAAGAACAGAGGAAUACGGAGUAUUUUUAUACUCUUGGUGACUAAAAUAUUUCUUUCUCGAGUCACUAAUUAAAAAGGGAACAUUUUUUAUUUUGAAGGUGAAAUGAUAGGUCAGUACUUUGUAGCUACAAAAGUUGUCCCAGCCUAUAUAAGAGUGUAGUGCUAUGAUGUGUUGCUGCUUUGCACUAUCUAGUGUUAAAGUUUAACAGCUUUGGGGGUUGCAAAGGGGGAAGAACUGAUGUGUGUGUUAAUCAAGCUCUUUACAAAGAAAAUGUAAGGAUUCAAUCCAUCUUGUAGCUUUCUCAUGGCCAAUAAAGUGACAUUGGGCAUUCAGAGAAUUUGUUGAAGGUUGAUCCCAAUUAAUACUGCAUUGCUUAGGUGACCAGCAUUCAUUGGAGACUCCAGGACUGAGAGGGAAAUUUCAAAUUGGUUUUAUCAUUUCUAUGUCAGGCCUUCUGCUUUACCAAGGUGUAUAUACAUAUGAAUCAAAUUCCUGUGUAGGACAAAGUGCAUCAUGCAGGGAAUCUGUGAUGCUCGUUUGUGAUGCUGUUGGAUCUGAUGCUAAAUGGAGUUUGGAUAUUCUUUAUUAGCAGUAGUCUCUUGUCUGCCCUACAACUGAUCUCCAGAUUCUUCCUGCAAGAGCUGCAACUAAAGAGGUGAGGACAGAACAUGGGAAACCUGGAUUUGCAGACCUGUCUUACAGAAAGGGUGAAAGAAGAGGCAGGUGAAGGGACUCCUCACAUCACAGGGAAACCUUCUAGUUCUUGAUUCCAUAAAUGGGCAGUGAUAGCCUCUUUCAUUAAUUACCUGCUAGGGUUUAGCUUUACUCCUAUUCCCCUUGCUCUUUAAUGCUAUGCAGUCCUGUCUAUGCAUACCUGACCUUUAUGUUAUAUCCCACUUUACCCUCUAAACAGCAGGUAAAAAUCUUGUUGAACCUUAGCAGUCCAUAAUGAAGGGAGUGGAGGAGAGAGAGGGGGAAGCAGAGGCAGGUACUGAAUUUUUUUUUAACAGAACUCUGCUCAUAUCUGACUUUACCAUAACAGAUUUUAAUUCAGUGGUGCUGAUAUAAUGGCAUCUUGCUUUCUUUAUUUGUACAGUUAGUGAGAACGAGUGUGAGUGUGUGUGCAUCUGUGCACAUGUGCAUGGUGAAUGAUCAAAAGGUAUCAAAACCACAGAGUUUUCUUAAUGUAGUAAGUGUUGCUAAAUAAAGGCAUUUACCUGAACACACAGGGUACUUUGGGCUUGGUGCAGCAGAAAGUCCAGGCAUUUCUCUCUGAAACCUGUUCACAUUCCACAUCACCGAGCACUGUAAAACUGUUGUGUGAAUUGCUGUCUGAAGGCUGUCCUGUGAUUAAUUGUCAACUGGAUGUUGUUGCACUGUGUCAUUUUGUGUGUGUGCAUAGACUGUCUGGCCUUUCUGGUAGAGAACUGUUCUGGUAGAGAACCGUUCUGGCUUGGUACAAAAAAUUAAUUAUUUUAUAUUCUAGUAUCAUUUUUGGUCUGCAGAAUUAUGGCUUUGAAUGCCUUUUUAAUUUUUUUUUUUCUUUAAGUGGUGUAAAUUAACCUUAAAAGGUGGCCCCCGGGAGCACUGGUGCCCUUGGGCACAGUGAGAUGCCAGCCAGGGGAAGCAGUUUCCUGUCAGGGGGUGGUGCAAGUACAUCCCAGUUUCCCUGAGAUUCUCUAGGCCUUCCAAGGGUAAAUCGCUCUCUUGAAGAGAGGUAUCCAUGGCCAAUUCCAUUGCCUUGUGCCAUGCAGAACAGCACCUUGUGACACCCCUAGGGCACUUCAGCUGAUUUUUCCCUUUCCCUCUGUUCAUGUGAAUGCAGUAUAGGUUUGUGCAAACAUUUGAAACUUUCUAAGAUGACAGGGACAGUGACACUAGUGCAAAAGCUACCCCGCAAACUUCUUGGUAAACUUCACUGGGACCUCUUCUGACUGCAGAUAUCUAUUCUCUUGCCAUGUCUGUUUAACUCUGUGUCUGUGUUCAGUGGCCUGUCUAUUUUUGUACAAGUGCUGUCAUCUGGAUACGGUCCCACCUGAUUGUUCACACUGCAAGCAUGUCCAUUGGGUGGAAAGAAAUCGCUGUUUUUCCUUUUUAAAUCAUCUGCCUGAUUCUGUGAGAGAACAGACUACCUGCUUUUGUAGCCUAAAUAUGUAUGUAGUGAAAUAUGUUAUGCUUUUCAUUUCUUGCAAAUAAAUAUUUUCUGUAGAAAAGAACAA